UUGCGGAGUACCAGCGUAAAGUACGAACGGGUACUGCUGAAGCUUAGCGGUGAGUCGUUCACAGGCGAGCGAGGCUUUGGCACCGAUUCCGGUGCUGUCUCUUACAUGGCGCAGCAGAUAAAAAAUAUUUGCGAGCUCGGUGUGGAGACCGCGAUUGUCGUGGGUGGUGGAAACAUCCUGCGCGGUUGGGAAGCUGAAUCCGAAGGAAUGGAUCGCUCAACCGCCGACUACGCUGGGAUGCUUGCGACCAUUAUCAAUGCACUCGCGUUACAGGAUUCUCUUGAGCGUCACCACGGUCUGGAAGUCCGCACCCAAAGCGCCAUCACCGUUCAGCAGAUAGCCGAGCCGUACAUUCGGCGCCGUGCAAUCCGACACUUGGAAAAAGGGCGUGUGGUCAUAUUCGCCGGAGGUACGGGCAACCCGUUUAUGACCACGGACACGGCCGCGGCGCUUCGCUCAAUCGAAAUAGAAGCCAAAGUGCUGCUGAUGGCAAAGAACAAUGUUGACGGCAUCUACGAGGCAGACCCAAAUCUCUUUCCGGAUGCCGCCAAAAUUGACUUCCUCACGCACCAGGAAGCCUUGGAGCGUCGGCUGAGGAUUAUGGACGCCACCGCCCUGUCACUCUGCAUGGACAACGACUUGCCGAUUAUCGUAUUUGACCUUUUUGAGACUGGAAGUAUCGAGAAAAUAAUUGCAGGCGACCCGUUGGGGUCCGUAGUCGCUUCCGCCCCCGCGCUGUAA